AUGUCAACCGAUGAAGACUUUGCCCCAGAACGUAGCAAACCCGAUGUCAGGCAACACUACCUCACUCAAUACCGCGAACAUCUCGCGUCCACCAACAGUCACCUUGCUGGAGACGAUGGAGACCCCCUACCACCCUCGUUCGUGCCACCAGCGGGUUUCUGGACUUCGUCUGAGAAGUCCAAGUUCUUCCAUGGCCUCUGCGUUCACUCGAGACUUCGGCCGGAUCUCAUAGCUGCAUCCAUCGAGACCAAGAGCGUGUUAGACGUCUGUGCAUACAUCGAUAGCCUCGAAGCCGUGAUUCGCUCGAACGCAAGCGACGACAGCGACGGUGAAGACGAAAUUCCUAUCGGACUUGAAGCUUUUGAGCCAGCUUUCGAAGUCUCGGAGGAAUGGAUUGCGCUCGAGGAGUCCGCGGCCGAAGGGUUGAUAGUAGCAGAGCCCAGUUGGGCUGUCAGCUCCCGUGACCACGCUCGCAACGAGGAGCUGCGAGAAAGGAGGAACAGCAUGCGCCAACGAAGAUCAGUGGGACCGCAAAAGGGGCGGGAUCGGGCCGGUCAGCAGGUGCGGAAGAAGGAGUGGGAGCAGUGGAGAGACGAACGGGAGAAAGAAUGGGCGAGAGAGGACCUUCUAGAGGCGUUGGACGCGCACAAGCUCAAGGCAAUGGACGCGAUACUGAGGGAUGGCGAAGAACGGAGGCGGCAAACUGUCGUUCCGAACGCGCCCCAGGGUUCGCGAUUUGCGUCUCCUGCAACUCCUGGAGUGCAUUCUGAACCCUCGAAUGACGACACGCCCAUCGAUCCAGCCUCACCGUCCGAACCUCUCGACGCUGGUACCUCCGGUCAGGCGUCUCGCCUUCCCAGUCUCACACCCGAACCCUCUGCCGAUCUACUUGAAAGCCUCUCACCCCGGCACCGUCGACAGCUUCAGAAGAGACUAUGGAUGCGACGGAAGCGCGCUGAGGCCCGUGGCGUUGCGCCAUCCUUAACCGUCGAGCGCCAGAAGCCGGGGCGGAAGCGGAAGGUUCCCGACAAUCAGGGCGAUGUUGCUCCAGAUACAAUAGCCAAGAAGAGCAGGAGCAUCGAGGAUGAUGACGAUGUGUCGGAUCGCGAGUCCUCGACUGGAGCUCAGAAAAAUGCCCACCAGGGCGGCAUCACACUGCACUACAAACUGAAAGCGCUCUUCGCCGAUUUGGACCUGGAUUACGCCGGCUUGCACAAGAACGGAUUGGACUUCUUCCGAGUUGCAGCGCUGGGACGAUUGAUCAGACUCUACGCGUCUCGCCAUUCAGCAGACGAAGACGUCCAGUAUCAUAUCUCUGCAAGCGUUGUUCAGCAACUAUACUCCAUCAUUGUUGCCUUCAUAGAGAAAAUCACACGACGCGCCAUCACUGUCACCGAACAAGAGCGGAGGACAAAGCUCCAUACCAAGGUGUGGCGGAAAAGUCCGUCCGACAUCCUCACGGCUCACGAUGUUGAGUACGCGCUCUCCAUCACGCCGAUCUCGGUCACGGGCGAGGUAUCCUCCGACGAGAAAGACGCCGACGAGCCAGAAGACGGAACAUCUUCCAGCGCCGCGCCCACGGAUACUCGUAAGCGCUCCGGAUCCACCAAGGGCGCUCGUCGACGAACUCAGCGUACACCAACUCCCGCCGUCCCCCACGUGCAUGUCCAUACAGUGCCGUCGCACCCAUUCGUUCGCCUUCCGCCUACUUGGUCUCAUGAACGCGCCGAGCUGGGUCCUGCCCCUAACGAGGACAACGACGGGGAUCUGAUGCCGCAGGAGACGGACGAGGAAGAACUGCUCGCCGAACUGCAGGAGGACGAAGAGCAAGACAAGCGGGAUCUAAAGCUUGGGGCGCAAGUGGAGAAGAGUUUGUGGGCUGUGAGCAGGCGGGAGGAAGCUGACCAGUCGAAUGUCGAGUCAGAUGCUAACUCGUGGCGGACUGGGGGCGAAGAAGAUACCGACGCACGAGGGUCCGUCGGCGCUAGGGUGAAGAGAAGGGCACGUUCCGUAAUCCCUCGGAGCCGCAUCAGGAGCAAGGAGUUCAUCGAGGACAGCGAAUAAGCAUCGCCCCUUGCCUUCUGUUGAUGGGGCCUGCCCAUAGAACCUCACAAAAGUCUAGCUUUUCUAACUUACGGUUUCAGCCCGACUACAUAUUUGUCUCAAGCAUUAUCGUACAUUACAAGUGCUCUAUGAGCUGUGAUAGUCACGAU